CCGCGAGAGACGAAGACCUACCUCCGCCGCCGGCAAGGCCACUUCUCCACCAUUCAUUCCUCUUGCUCUGCUCCUGACCGGAUCGAGAGCUCGCACUCGCACCGCCGGCCACCAUGGCGGAGGCCGCAAGUGCGGCGCCUCUACUCCGCGGCUUCCCAGAUGAGGUCGUCAUCUGGGAGAUCCUGCCCCGCCUUCCCCCAAAAUCCAUUCUCCGCUGCCGCGCCGUCUGCCCUGCGUGGCGCCGUGCCACCUCCGCCCGCGACUUCCUCCUCGCCCACCACGCCCGGCAGCCCGCGCUCCCCAUCCUCGACGGCUUGAACACCGUCGGCAAGGGCAUAGACAUCCUCACCUUCGACCACCGGUCAGCCGACCAGCUUCAGCUGCAGUCCGUCGCGCGACUAGGCGCCAACCACCACUUCGGUCUGGAGGCCUCGUGCGACGGCCUCCUCGUCCUCUCCAUCCACGACAUGAGCUUGGGUUUCGCUAUCUGCAACCCUGCAACUCGUCAGUAUGCUCCUCUUCACCUGCUCUAUGGCUCCAGGCUAUUGGGGAUGUACCCGCAUAGCCCUACCGGUGAGUACCGAUUAUUGCUCUACUUGUCCUCCAAGAUCAUGCAUGAUGAAGGUGAAGGUGCCUCCUACAUCUUCACGAUAGGCUCUGGCCAUCAACCGAGGAACAUAGGGUGCCCAGAUGCCAAGGCACUGAUAUUCACCCUGUCCACCCUGUUCCGUGGUAGCUUGCAUUGGCACUUGAAGCAGCAGGAGAGCGCAAGCAGCAGGAUAAUGGUUUUCGACACCACUGCUGAGUCUUUCCGGCAGAUGCGUGCUCCGGUUGUUCGUGGCUUUGGUAACCUGUUUGAGAUGGAUGGAAUGCUCGGCCUGUCCAUUAUUAAUGAUGAACAGACAAGCGUUGAUAUCUGGGUGAUGCAGGACUACGAAGGCCAGGUCUGGACCUUCAAAUCCCGGGUUGAAUUGCCGAUUGCAGAGAUCCGGGUGCAAUUUGGAAAGUUUGUCGAUUUUUGGAAUGUGGUGGCCGCGCCUUCUGAUGUUGAUGUGCAAGUGCUGGUCAAAACUGACGAGUGGCUGCUUCAGGUUGACACUGAUGGCAAGUUGGUUGCCAGUUUCCAUCGCAGAGGCCUCAAUCCUACUCAACGUCGGCUCAAACAGUCUCUAGUUUCACAUACCUUCUUUCCGACACAAGAGGGUUAUGUUGUGAAUGCGUCGCCUUUCAUCUGACCAGACGAUUAUGUUGUGAACAUUCAGCCCUUCAUCAGGGCUGGAUUAUUGAGUGUGGUGGUGCUUCUUAACAACCUAGCUCUCCAUAUCCACAUGAACUGCGGUACAUAUGAACUCGACCCACUAUUAGCCUGCUAGCUUCUUUGUUGAUGUAUAAGAAGUUAUGAUCAAGAAGCUCUGACUUUUACAUGUUUGAGUUAUAUUUCCUUGAAUGUCCUUUGUGGCUGAA